UAACAUUCAUACAUACUCCAUGCUAAUUUAAUUUGCUUCCCCAAUUGAAAGAAAAAAUAAAAAAAAAUCUCCCCCAAAUUGAAUUUUGAUUGCUUCCGCCAACAGAAACGAUCUAACCGCGCCAUGGUCUGCGAAAAGUGCGAGAAGAAGCUAGGGAAGGUGAUCGUGCCUGACAAGUGGAAGGACGGGGCCCACAACACCACCGAAGGCGGUGGCCGUAAGAUCAACGAGAACAAGCUCCUCUCCAAGAAAAAUAGAUGGGCGCCUUAUGGACAAUCAAAGUGUACCAUAUGCAAGCAGCAAGUUCACCAGAAUGGAAAGUAUUGCCAUGCAUGUGCAUACAGCAAAGGAGUGUGUGCGAUGUGUGGAAAACAAGUGCUUGACACCAAGCUCUACAAGCAGAGUAAUGUAUGAUGUAUCUGCAGCCAGGUUUCACUUGAAGACAUCAAUAUGUCGUUAUCUUCUGCUUCUUGUGAGAAUGAUAGUACUAUAUUUGGAUAGUAUCGCGGUGACUGGAAACUUGAAGAAUAUGUGCUGCUCGUUGUACAUUGUUGCCUCCAUCUUGGACUACCGGUUCAAUUUAUAUAAAAUCAUCUUUAGUAGAUCAAUUUUUACAUGACUACUGAUUUUAUGUGCUGUUCGAUGUGUGACUCCAUCAAAUGUUGCACUUGCUAAUAUGCAUCUUUGUGUUAAAUGAUCUUAGAAUAAUAUAGUACUUUUAUUGCGAGAAUUCGCUUCCUAA